UUUUUGCCUGCUUUGUACAUUUUGUGAACGAAAAAUUCAUAAUUUUACGAACUCAAACAGUAGUUCGUAGCAAGAAAAUGCAUUGUCAAUAUCGAUAAAGCUAGCUUCUUUCUGUUCUCGAUACUAUAGUUUGCUGUAAGGACUAGAGGAUUCAGUGAGCUUUUUUUCUGUUGAUAAAAAAGCCCGAAGAUGUACUUCUCAAUAGGCUGGCCACGGGUGCUAAAUAGUGGACAGCAUCGCAGUAUUCGCAAAGUGGUAUGUGAUCGGGUAAAAAUCCUAUUUGCUGUCCUGGCUGAAGAUGCCAUAGCCAUCUGGUACUCAAAGCCCUGUGUUCCAAUUACGUCCAAACUGAGAAGCUCGGAAUGUUUGGAAAAAUAUGGAACUAACACUAAUAUCGAAUGGAAACCAGAUUCGAGUAUGUUGCUGGUGACUACUGGAGGUACGACGCAAGGCGGUACCUUGUUUAUGUACACGUUAAUCGUGAACGAUACUCCAAAGGGUGUCUACAAUCAAAAUGAUUCACCAUUUGCCAACUUGCGCCGGGAUAGUGCUGAGCUGUUUUUGAAAGAAACCAUUCCCUGCUUGAAGCUUUCGUUGACUCACCGUAUUUGUCUUUACGUUCCAAUUUGUUGCGUAUCGUGUAUUAAUGUAAACCAGAUUGUGAUUGCUACUCAAGAAGGUCGAAUCAUCCGCCUGAACUGGGAAGGCGUUGAAGAACGUGAUUAUGCACUCGACCUUAAACGAAUCCCUUUUAGUGUUAACCAGCAAGUUAGUUAUGCCGUCCCAAUAUUGGAGAAGAAUGUUUACGUUUCGUCGAUUGAUUAUUCACCCCUGCUGUGCGGUUUUGGUAUCACGCUAAACGAUGGUCGUGCAGCAUUUCUCACCGCGAAUAACACAAAAUUUGAUCCCAACCAAGUACAAGGAAUCUGGUGCCAAAAUGUGGAUGAUGCGACGUGUACCGUCAUCAAUCACAAGUAUCGACUGAUAGCAUUCGGGCGAAGAAACUCUCAAACCAACAUGUACGUGAUCGAUGAUCUAACCGGCGGACUGGAGCUCUCACAUAAACUGGCAUUGAGCGCUAAAUACUUUCCUGGAUCACCAGGAUACGUGCGCGACAUGAAGUGGACCCCCGAUGGGUGCGCAAUCAUAGUGGCCUGGGGCAACGGUGGUAUAUCCUUGUGGAGCACCUUCGGUUCACUGCUGCUCUGUUCACUUGCAUGGGACUAUGGACUGCACGUGGAUUUGUCCAAGAAUGAUCCCUUCAACGUAAUUAGCAUGGAUUGGUCAACUGAAGGAUAUCAACUACUGAUGAUACGACAGACAAAUGCCACGGCAGAUAAUGCAACAAAGGAAACUACUGAAACCUCCAGCGUUCCAAUAUUUAUUCCAGCCACCCUACUCGUACAACUGGAUUUUGUCAAGAGUAUUCUAACGAUCAAUCCGUGCAUGAGCAAUAAUUCGUUUCUGUUGCUACAAGGAGACGACAAACUGUACAUCAACCACGGUGACGUGUUGCAAAAUAUCUAUCCUGUCCACAAAUCUAGCUAUGAUUCAACUAAUGAAGGUGACGCUUCCUAUUCCGGAAAAGCUGACGAAUUUGGCAAAGCAGAUUCUGCAUACAUACCAUCGGGAGAACCGGAUCCAGUGAACAAUGGUGGUGACAACUACCUUAAAUUCAACAGCGUAUUAUCAGAGAGCAAACAUUGGGUUGUGUUGAAUCUUCCUACUGCUUACAUCUCUUCCAACUGGCCGAUUCGAUACAGUGCAAUAGACCAUUUGGGCACUAAUGUGGCAGUAGCUGGUCGAACCGGAGUAGCAUUGUAUUCGUUUAACACUCGCAAAUGGAAACUGUUUGGCAAUGAAACACAGGAGAAAGAUUUCGUUAUCACCGGUGGUUUACUCUGGUGGAAGGAAUUCAUUAUCAUGGGUUGUUAUUCACUUAUCGGUUUCCACGACGAGCUACGCAUCUACUCAAGGGAGAACAAGUUGGAUAACCGAUUUGCGGAGAUUACAAAAAGUGCCAGUCCGGUGAUGUUGAUCAACCUUUUCCGCGAUCAAUUGGUUGUCUUCACAUCCGAUGGUCACGUAUCAGUAUUUGCUCUUAAACAAACCGAGGAGGAUUAUAAUGGGAGUGACCAUCACCGGGUGGAACUGGUAAAAAUGCAUAUUUAUGAUAUCAAAAAUGUGUGCAUCCAUCCUGCGUGCGUUAUAUCGGUGCUAAUGACAAGCCUUAAACAUGAAGGUGCCGGCACUGGAGGCAUGGUGAAAUCAAGCAACUGCGAAAAUUCUCUUUCGGAAACGUUAAUCAUGAAUGUGUCCGGAAGAGUGUUGAUGGUGCAGACGGAUCACCAACAACAUCAUCACGGCACUGGGAGUGCCAACAAUCAGCUAACGUCCACCUGUUUAGCAUCCUCGGUAGAAUGUAUCUGGGUGUCCGAAUCUAACAAGACGCACAUUAAAGAAUCUCUUUGGUUGUAUUGUGGUGGAUAUGGUAUGCGCGUUUGGCUUCCGGUAUUUCCACGCACGGGCGAAACUGGAUCGCGCAGUCUACGGCACACAUUCAUGAGCAAAAGAAUAAUGUUAUCAUUUACGCUGAAGAUCUACCCGUUGGUGAUUCUUUUCGAGGAUGCAAUUAUACUUGGUGCAGAAAAUGACACGCUGCUUUAUACUAGCGAUCCGUCAGUCUAUUUUUCGUUACCAUACAAUGCACUGAAACGAACGAGUCAAGUUUACCUGCAUCAAAUAUUGCGCCAGCUCAUUCGUCGUAAUCUUGGGUACAAUGCUUGGGAGAUUGCACGAUGCUGCACGAAUCUUCCGUACUUUCCCCACUCUCUCGAACUGCUGCUGCAUGAGGUACUAGAGGAGGAAGCGACCAGCAAGGAACCCAUCCCCGACGCACUAUUGCCGAGUGUACUCGAGUUUAUUCAGGAGUUUCCCGUUUAUCUGCAAACGGUGGUACAGUGUGCCCGCAAGACAGAGAUUGCCCUUUGGCCGUACCUGUUUUCGAGCGCCGGUAAACCAAAGGAACUGUUCCAGAAGUGUAUGGCGGCACGACAGCUGCAUACAGCCGCAAGCUAUUUAAUUAUCCUGCAAAACCUUGAACCUUCCUCUGUUAGUCGCCAAUAUGCGACGGUGCUGUUGGAUACGGCACUGGAGCAGCUGGAUUGGCCGCUAGCCAAAGAUUUGGUGCGGUUUUUGCGAGCGAUCGAUCCGAAUGAUGUUGAAUCUCCGCGUUCAUCAUACGUGUUUGGCAACAAAUUCGGUGGACUAAUUGCAGCUGGGCCACCCGCACCAAAUGCGGAAGACUUGAGUCUCAUUUUAGGAAGCAGCAUGGCAAGAGGGCGCAGUUUCUCAACCACCAUUCCAUACCCCAAGUCGAACGAUGGCGCCGCAACAGUUGUAAAUAAAGAGAAAAAUAUAAUGUUCAACAAUCCCGCGGCAGCAGCAGCGGCGCAACAAACUGGUGGAGCACUAAGCUCGGGCAACGAUACAUCUGGUGAACGACAAAUCUUACGCAGGAAAAAAAGUGUGCCAAAUACUCAGAAAGAAUGUGACUCGUCGACGGCGGAGGAAUUCUUCAUCGAUGUGGUCUUGCAGCGACACGCGCGGAGAUUUUUGCAGUUACGAAAGCUGGAAGAUCUCGGGUAUAUGAGCGCUACACUAGAUUUCCAUCUAGUUGGCUGGCUUAAUCGGGAAAAGGAUCGUGCAGCGCGGAUAGAAGAUUUUGUAACUGCGCUAAAGUCGUUGCAUGAUGAGCUUGAUUGGCCAAAACCUUGUUUGGAUCUAACGCUACUACCGAAUCCAAAAGCUCAAUCACACCUGCACAGUGAAUCGUCCCCUUCGCCCUCUUCGAAUCUAUCGAACAAAUCGCCCCUUUCGGAGCUAACCACGGGACGUACUGUCGAUUCGGGGUAUAAUAGUUUGUCGUUCGCUCGUCCGAUGGUCACAAAUGGUACGGUGACUGUUGCUGGUGCAACAGCGGAUGAAAGGCAGGUUGAACCAAUACAGGGGCCAAGGGAACAGCGACAGGAGCAUGUACCGGCGUCUCCAGUCGGUGAUCCUUUACUGAGUACAACGGCAGAGGCAAACCUAAUGCCACUGAACGACACGGCAAGUGUGCUGUCGGAAGCUGCUCAACCUAACUGGCCGGAUGAAGUGUCGACGGUAUGCGGCACAAAUGGCAUGAUGAGUCUAACACUAGGCGAACAAAGCUUCAGUCAAGCAAUGGAAAAAAACAUUUCCAAGCAGAGCAAAUCAAACCGACGAAAGCAGCAUAAGCUUGAAAUCCGUAUGCGUUACCUGUUACAGAUUUUCUCCGAAGCGAACUGUUACGAAUUCGCGCUUCUCCUUUCGGUGCUAUUGCUAGAUGUGGCCUCCGUUGGCAGAAUAACGAAUGCUGCGAUUCGCUCGAAAUCACUCGUAGUUUGCAGACAAUUGCGCAACGGUCUGAAGGAUAUGACUCGCUGGAGUUUUAACGAGUGUCUUGCAUACCGGCCAUUCAUGAUUGCCCUGCAGCCUCAGCUUGCGGUGUUGGAUAAAUUUGUCAUCCAGCAGGAGUCUAUUCCAUCGCUGUUGCAUACGACCGCUGUGACCGGCGUGUCAGCGUUUUCACCGCUUGUGAUGGGCAGCCUGCAUACCUUCCGUGAUUCGGAGGCGCCGAUAACCGGUGUUAGCACGGGGGGAAAUAAAGGCAUCAAUCAAACGCAAUGUGAGACCAGGCACGUUGGAAACUCUUCCGCAAAUAGCAACACCCAGCGAAUGAGCUCGACAGGGGGAAGCAUUCCCCAUUCAACUGGAAGCGGUGGUCCCAUCAGUACAAGCAGUCGUAUCGUCGUUGACGGAGCAGCAAGUUUACGUAGCGGCGGCGUACAGCGCGAUACACUAGGGCAAAAAUAUACAACGGCUCACACUUUCGCAAGAUCUGUAUCGGAUCUAGAAGUGGGAAACAUACGGAAAAUAGCGCAGGGAAAAUCCGUUACCGAUAGUCGCUCAGUUGCGUCGACCGCAAUUUCCGAAGAACCAGAACGAACGUGCAAUGUUAUGUAAAAUGUACUCAAGCCGGAUGGAGAAGAAGACCGUGGAAAGGUGCUAUAGCAAAUUAUAAUCUACUUUAGCAGGAGGAAGCAAGAAACGGGAUAUUUAAUAUAUUUGAAGCGCAUAUUUAAACGAGUCGUAGUUACACCACGGUAAUUAUUACUAGUUCCGUCCAUUGGCGGUGCAAUUUGCAACUCUCGUACUGUUUUUUCAUAACUAAUUAUAGGAAAUAAAAUUGUAACUCUAAUGAAAGGAAA